AUGAAGCCACAUGGAUUAGCUGCAGUGCCUUCCAUUGUGCAACCAUCGCCGUUCCUCACUCGCGCAAUAUGUGCCCUUUACUGGAAAGACACGUUUCUUGGCAGCUGCGUCGCCAUUGCCCCGUCCAUUGUGAUGACUGCGGGUCAUCACUACAAUGCAGUCCGCGACGAUGUCGGCGACUUCAGCGUGCUGACACGGCCAGGACACUGGGCGGCAGUCAACUACGCGUCAAAAGAUAGCGCAUAUGACGUUGUGGUGUUCUGGCUCUGCGAGGAGGUGACAACGCACACCGCACUGCGAGGGUAUCUUCCCUCCGUAGGGGCGCAGGUGGCGACUGUAUGGUUGUCCCCUAGGCCGCCACACGACGCGAUUGUGUCGCCAGGCGUCGUGAUUGAGAGCGAAGCCGAUAAAUGCGUGGCGCGCGGCACUGUGAGUACGACUGGGUCGAGCGGCGCACCUGUUGUGGACGUCUUUGGUGAACACAUUGUCGGUCUCCAUCUCACGUCCAACACGCGUGACGGCUCACGUGUUUCUGGCUUCAUACCGUCGCGCAAGCUGGUCUCUCUUUUCGCGGAGAUGUGGGUCGAGCACGCCCGUGUGACGUCGUCUUCAUAG